AUGGAUAUAGCAUCGUCUAGAUGGUUUACCGAGCAGGAGUUGGAUGAUUACAACUUGAUCCAUGAAUACAAUAUCAACUAUCUUGAUGAGUUGACCACACAAAACUUGGCAACUGCACUGGGAGAAAACCUCCAUUCAUCUUUCUCUUCUGAGAGCUACUCCUCCUACCCUCCUUUCAAUACUAAAAACACCACCACAGCCACAGCUAACGCUACAACUUUAAGCGGUUCCUCUAUUGAAACAUCUCAAACCAGCUCUGAGAGACCCAAUAAACUGCACAAGACCAACAGCUGGAACUCGAGUAUGAUCACCACCGAGCACAAAUCUCCAAGACCUUCUAAUACCCCUCAAAUUCUUUCUUUUGAGUCCUCAUCAGUUUCAGCUCCUGCGAAUUCCCAGCAGUUUUUCAUGAAUUUGGAUUCCACUACUGUGAAGCCCAAGGAUGAGGCUGCAUCUCCAAGAAAUAUGCACUUCCAGCCUUUGAUUUCAAAGGUCGCCCCUAUUGGGAACCAAAAUUAUGAAAUAAAGGCUCGCCAAGGAACUACUAAUAAGAGGCCUUACUCGAUGACCAGAACUCCUUCACAUGCUCAAGAUCAUAUUCUGGCCGAGAGAAAGCGGAGAGAGAAGCUUAGCCAGAGGUUCAUAGCUCUUUCAGCCAUUGUUCCGGGUCUAAAGAAGAUGGACAAAGCUUCGGUACUUGGAGAUGCUAUCAAAUAUAUGAAACAACUUCAAGAACGAGUGAAAGUACUCGAGGAACAGACCAAGAAGAGAACCGUGGAAUCAGUCGUUCUCGUGAAGAAGUCUCAGCUUUCUGCUGAUGACGACUCUUCUUCUUGUGAUGAGAACUCCGAUGGAGGCUCCGAUUCAGCACUUCCAGAGAUUGAAGCGAGAGUUUCAGAUAAGGAUGUAUUGAUUCGAAUCCAUUGCGAUAAACAGCAAGGAAUUGUUCCAAAAAUACUAAAUGAAGUAGAGAAUCUCAACUUAUCUAUCAUUAACAGCAGUGUCUUGCCUUUUGGAAAUUCCACCCUUGAUAUUACCAUCAUCGCUCAGAUGGAAGCUGAAAUCUCCAUGGUAGUGAAGGAUCUUGUGAAAAACCUGAGAGUGGCUUUUUUGAAGUUCAUGUAG